UUUGUCUAAUCUUCUUUGCUUCUUUGCUUCCAUGUCUGCAACAAUGGCUGCCUCAAGAAUAUUGUUUUUGUCUUCUCUAUUGUUAAGCUUUUUCAUGGCUUCCUAUGGUGCUGGUAAUUUGCAACAAAACUUUGACAUCACUUGGGGUGAUGGACGAGCUCAAAUACUGAAUAAUGGAGAGCUUCUCACCUUGUCACUCGACAAGAUUUCCGGUUCGGGUUUUCAGUCUAAGAAUCAAUAUCUAUUCGGGAAGAUCGAUAUGCAGCUCAAGCUGGUUCCUGGUAAUUCGGCUGGAACUGUGACUGCUUACUAUCUUUCAUCUCUUGGGUCAACACAUGAUGAGAUCGAUUUUGAAUUUCUGGGUAACCUUAGUGGUGAUCCUUAUAUUCUUCACACUAAUGUUUUCACACAAGGGAAGGGCAAUAGAGAGCAACAAUUCUAUCUCUGGUUUGACCCUACUAAGGACUUCCACACCUAUUCUGUACUAUGGAAUCCACAGCACAUACUUUUCUCAGUCGAUGGCACUCCCAUUAGGGAGUUCAAGAACUUAGAAUCUCGUGGCAUCCCAUUCCCAAAAAACCAGCCAAUGUGGAUUUACUCUAGUCUAUGGAACGCUGAUGAUUGGGCAACAAGGGGUGGCCUUGUCAAGACAGAUUGGAGCAAGGCCCCAUUCAUAGCUUCAUAUAGGAACUUCAAUUCCCAAGCCUGCAUAUGGACUUCAGGCUCUUCUUCCUGUUCAUCCAACUCCAACAACAACAGUACUUCUUGGUUAAAGGAAGGCCUGGAUUCAACAGGCCAGGCAAAAAUUAAGUGGGUGCAAUCAAAUUAUAUGAUCUACAAUUACUGUACUGAUACUAAGCGCUUCCCUCAAGGUCUCCCUCUUGAAUGCACACUCACUACAUAGCUUAUUAGAAGUUUUUCUCUUUCAACCAAGUGAGAUAUGUGAGAACAAGGAAUAUAUUAUGUAUAUGUGUCUACUUUAGUGUCCUUUUUAUAUUUUUUUUAUGGUUCUUGGUGUCUUCUUGGUUAGUUCUUUAGAUAAUGGUCCUUGGAAAUGAAAAUAUGGGUGGCAAUUCGAAGGA